UUUCGGCGAGGCCGUCGCCGCCGCCGCCGCCGCCCGCGUGUAGCGGCGGAGCGGGUAAACGUCCGGUGAAACGCGCGUAAACAACACGCACGCGAACUACGUCGUUACGAACACCCGUGCCGUCGGCGUCCCCGUCUUUUCGCGCGUACACCCGCGGACGUACAGAUACACUCGCGCAAAUCCACAUCGACGACGACCGCGGAUCGGCACUACCCCCGAGACGCGCGCCAUGUCCGGCAAAGGUUCGCUAGAAGUCAGCCGUCUGAUAGCCGAAGUACACCGGAGACCAGAGCUGUGGGACCGGCAACACCCGCAACACCACAACAGGUCCGUGCUGGACCAUCACUGGGAGUCCGUGGCCGCUAUUCUCGGCAUUACCGGUAAAGCAGCCCGGGGGAAAUGGAAAAAUUUAAAAGAUCAUUUCCGUAAAGAAUACAAAAGGUGUAUGACUAGUAUAGAGAGUGAUCAAGAAAUGUCUAGAUGGCCAUAUUUCCAUUCUAUGAUGUUCAUCAAAGAUCAGAUCUCACACACCGUCACAAAUUCUGCGUAUCUAUCAGAUUUACAAUAUCAAAACAUAUAUCCAGAAGUUGAAUUAAAAGAAGACGCCGUGUCGGACGAAGAAAAUCCCUUGAACUGUCUUAACAUUGAGUACGACAAUCAAAAUUUAGUCGAAGUUAAAUCGGAGUAUUCGAAUCAAGACGAAAAUAUUUCUGAUGACAAACAUUUCUUAUUGAGUCUUUUACCAAUGUUAUCCACGCUCCCGAUGGAUAAAAAACUCGUUGCUCGGAUAGCAAUCGAAACGUCGUUGCUCAACAUAGCUUACCCAGAUCUGAGUAAAACGGACAAUUUUCACGAUGAACAAACAGGCACCAUACAAACAUCGCCUAAAAAGACUGAAAAAAGAAAAAAAGUGACCGAAGAUGAGCGCCACCCAAAGAAGCGUUCGGUAAAUUCAAAAAAAAUUUGUUGAUAUUCAUUACCCAUUUCAUGAAUUAUAUUUUAUAAUAAAAAUAAGUUGUAAAUAAUAUUAUUUUUCU